CGGCCACUGGGGCAAUGCAGGCGCCCCCACCACAGACCCUACAUCCGCUAAAGUUCCGCUGAGCACGCGUCUUGAACCGUAAAGUUACAACAGCACAAACCACCAGACCAGCCCUCGAUCAAUCCAUCGAGCAUCACCAGACGGCCUUUGUACAUCCAGAACAGCGACAAACCACCAAGAAUAAAGUGUGAACUCCAGCCCGCCCAACAUGUCGCAGCCAUCGCAGUCGCAGGCGCCGCCGGCACAUCCAACCCUGAUCAACCUCCCUCAGCCGCCCUCGAAUCCGGACACGCCCUCGGAGGUGCCCGGCACACCAACUAGCACCACGACCUCCCUCUCGACCCUCUCUACCACAGCCAUCAAGGAUGGCCACCGCGGGCACGCUCAGCACAUGGGAAACCACCGCGGCCAUCAACACCACUCGUCGACCACCAGCCUCGAGGCCGAGCGUGCCGACCGCAUCUCACGGCUGACGGGCAUGUCCAACCUGCUGUCGGCGCAGCGCGGACCGGGCGGCUCAGGGGCGCAAAACCAGUCGGCCGGCGGCUUCGCGCAACAAAACAACCAGACCACCCCGACCUCGGGCCAGUUCCCGCCCGGAACAAUACCCGCCCAGGCCCCGGCCUACUUCGACUCCAACGGCCAGCCGGUCGCGUCGACCAAGAUUAGCACCGUUGGCACCGCGUCGGCCACGUCUAGCGGAGAUGGCCGCACCACGACACUGGGCGACACAGACCACCCCAUGGACGACGUCGACGCCGACGACAUGGGCAGUGUCGACACCAACUUCAUUCGCGGCGCGAUCAUGAGCGACGACUCGGCCAGCGUCGGCGGGCGCUCGUCGCACCAAAUUCACCAGCAGCGCCUGCACCAGCAACGCAGGGGCGGCGAAGGCCUAGAUCAGAUGGACGAGGACCUGCUGGAGCGUGGGAGCGCGGGCGGCGGCGGGGGUAUGUUCGACGACCGGAUGAGCGACAAUGACGACGACGGGUCCGCCAGCCUCGUCGGCUUCGGCGAGGGCGCUGGCAGCACCGUCUCGGGCCCCAUCUACCAGCGCCGGCCCGUGCCCGGCACGAGCUCGGCUGGCGCCAUGGCCUUUGCGCGCUGGCAGCUCGAGCGCAGCGCGUCGGGCCUCAGCGACAGCAGCGUCGGCGGCGGGCAGCUGCGCAGGGACAUGGUGCGCGGGGUUGCGGCCCCGGAUGCCAUCUUGGGCGGCGGGGGCGAUGUCCCGGCGGCCGCGGCCGCGUCCCAGGAGCGCCGCGACGCGCGCAUGGUGGACGGGGUGGCGAUGGACGCGGCGGGCCGUGCGGGAGUGGCGGCGCCCGAGGACGACGACGUCUUUGUCGACACCACCACCCGGAGCCCCGUGCCGGUUGCGUCACCCAAGGAGCAAACGGGUCAGCCGCGCCGUCACUAUCCUCAGCAGACGGCGUCGCCGACGGCGCGCGAGGCGGUCGAGCGGAUAGUCCAGCGUCUGGACGAGAGCGAGACCUCGGCCGGCGGCGGCGGCGGCCCUGCCCUGGGGUCCUCCAAGUCCCCGGAUAAGAAGGGCGACAGGGUGGGGCAGUUCUCCUUUGAGAAGAAGUGAGAGGUUUUCUUGUGCUUGGUUCAUAACUGAUGGGAUUAGGGUUGUCGGGAUUUCGCGUUGUGGCACUUUGUCUACUGCCGCUUGUUUUGGGCGGUGGGAUAUUCGGUUUUCUGGGGACUCCAAUUGUUUCUGAGCCCCCGUUGUCUGAACUCAUCUCCUGGGUCGGCCUUCUUGUUUUCACAACAUUUUUGUGUUACCCUCGUUCUGGUAUUCUAGUAUGAUGAGCGAGGCAAUGGAAAGUUUGCGCUCCAAGUAAACGCCGUAUCUCAAACUAUGCUGUCGAUGGG